AUGAUUCCAGGGACCGGACAGCAGCAGGCGAUGCUCUGCCAGUGGUGCGAGAGCACCCAUCAUACAGUGGAAGACUGCCAGGCGAUGAAGGAAUCGACCACACCCCAGGAGCAGACCACCAGUCCACCAGGGACCUCCGGGCUUUCAGAGGCCACCAUAUCAGCCCAGACUGGGGCAAUUCCAGUAGCAGCAGCAGUCUCUCUACCAACCCAUGCAGGGUCAUGCUGCUCCAUCACAGCCGCGACCUUUCCAGCAGCCAGCUGCAGCCCCUGCCGCCCCACUGGCCAGAGGAACACACAGGCUGUCUUGCAGGAUAUCCAAACCCAGCUGGGGAGUGUGGCUCAAGCAGUGGCACAAAGGGCUCCUGGUACUUUGCCCGGUCAGACCAUCCCUCACCCUCAGAACCCGAAUGAGCACUGCAAUGCCAUCAUGACCAGGAGUGGCAAGAUGUUUGUUGAUCCACCUGCUCGGGCACAAGAGAGAGAGGCCCCUGCCUUGGCAUCUCCAGCAGCUGAAGAAGAAACAGAGAAGGAGGUUGAGGUGCCUGCACCUAAACCGCAACCAGUAGUGAAGGAGUAUAUCCCUCAACUCCCCUUCCCUACUCGGUUGCACAAAGACAGGCUAGAUGCAGAAUUCGGGAACUUUAUGGCCAUGCUUAGGAAGCUGAAUGUCCAAGUACCUUUCCUGGAGGCACUUUCUCAAAUGCCUAAGUAUGCGAAGUUCCUGAAGGAUCUUCUCUCAAAGAAGUAG